AUGCACGCAUCCUCGAACGAGCGGUGCACGAUGAACGCGAAGCCCAAGCCGCGGGAAUCGCCAUGGCCGCUCACCUCCAACGCUUCUUCGACGAGCAUGAUCGCUGAGCGCACGUACCCGUUCACGGUGAAGGACGAGGCAUUCGUUUUUCUACAUCAUGACACUCUGGAAGCGGCGAAGGUGGUUCCUUACUCGGGCCGGAUGGCGACGUGGGACGGGGUGUAUUACCGUCUACGAGCGAACGUUGACGGGCUGAGAAGCGAAUAUGGCCGAAACCCGCCGGACUUGACGAGUGAUAGCGGCACGGGCGUGUACGAACAUGCGCGGUGUGUGGUGAGCGUUGUAGAAAGUGGAAGGCGACUUGUGGUUGAGUCGCAGGACCAUCGAACUGACGAGCGAUGCAUUCACGAGGCCGACAUAGUUGUGGCGGCUGAGAGUAGCCAUUCGGCUUUACGCGGUCUGUUCGAGCCGGUCACUGUCCGCGAGUAUCAGGGCUACGUGUUAUGGCGUGGCACCGCGCCCGUUACUGCCAUGUUACCUUAA